GAUUCUUAAGCCAAAAUGGGAAAGGAAAAGACUCAUAUCAACAUUGUCGUUAUUGGACACAUAGAUUCGGGCAAAUCCACCACUACUGGCCACCUGAUCUACAAAUGUGGUGGAAUCGACAAAAGAACCAUUGAAAAAUUUGAGAAGGAGGCUGCUGAGAUGGGAAAGGGGUUCUUCAAAUAUGCCUGGGUCUUGGAUAAACUGAAAGCUGAACGUGAGCGUGGUAUUACCAUUGAUAUCUCCCUGUGGAAAUUUGAGACCAGCAAGUACUAUGUGACCAUCAUUGAUGCCCCAGGGCACAGAGACUUUAUUAAAAACAUGAUUACAGGCACAUCUCAGGCUGACUGUGCUGUCCUGAUUGUUGCUGCUGGUGUUGGUGAAUUUGAAGCUGGUAUCUCCAAGAAUGGGCAGACCCAUGAGCAUGCUCUUCUGGCUUACACACUGGGUGUGAAACAACUAAUUGUUGGUGUUAACAAAAUGGAUUCUACUGAGCCACCCUACAGCCAGAAGAGAUACGAGGAAAUCGUUAAGGAAGUCAGCACCUACAUUAAGAAAAUUGGCUACAACCCCGACACAGUAGCAUUUGUGCCAAUUUCUGGUUCGAAUGGUGACAACAUGCUGGAGCCAAGUGCUAACAUGCCUUGGUUCAAGGGAUGGAAAGUCACCUGCAAGGAUGGCAAUGCCAGUGGAACCACACUGCUUGAAGCUCUGGAUUGCAUCCUGCCACCUACUCGUCCAACUGACAAACCCUUGCGUCUGCCUCUUCAGGAUGUCUACAAAAUUGGUGGUAUUGGUACUGUCCCUGUGGGCCGAGUGGACACUGGUGUUCUCAAACCGGGCAUGGUGGUCACCUUUGCUCCAGUCAACGUUACAACUGAAGUCAAGUCUGUUGAGAUGCACCAUGAAGCUUUGAGUGAAGCUCUUCCCGGGGACAACGUGGGCUUCAAUUUCAAGAACGUGUCUGUAAAAGAUGUUCGUCGUGGCAAUGUGGCUGGUGACAGCAAAAACGAUCCACCGAUGGAAGCAGCUGGUUUUACUGCUCAGGUGAUUAUUCUGAACCAUCCAGGCCAAAUCAGUGCUGGCUAUGCACCUGUGCUGGAUUGUCACACAGCUCACAUUGCUUGCAAGUUUGCUGAGCUGAAGGAGAAGAUUGAUCGUCGUUCUGGUAAGAAGCUGGAAGAUGGCCCCAAAUUUCUGAAAUCUGGUGAUGCUGCCAUCAUUGAUAUGGUUCCUGGCAAGCCCAUGUGUGUUGAGAGCUUCUCUGAUUAUCCUCCUCUGGGUCGUUUUGCUGUUCAGGAUAUGAGACAGACAGUUGCUGUGGGUGUCAUCAAGGCUGUGGACAAGAAGGCUGCUGGAGCUGGCAAGGUCACCAAGUCUGCCCAGAAAGCUCAGAAGGCUAAAUGAGUAUUACCUAUAACACCUGCCACUCCAGUUUUAAUCAGUGGUGGAAGAACAGUCUCAGAACUGUUUGUCUCAAUUGGCCAUUUAAGUUUAAUAGUAAAAGACUGGUUAAUGAUAACAAUGCAUCGUAAAACUUUCAGAAGGAAAGGAAUGUUUUGUGGACCAUUUGUUUUUGUGUGGCAGUUUUAAGUUAUUAGUUUUUAAAAUCAGUACUUUUUAAAUGGAAACAAUGACCAAAAAUCUGUCACAGAAUUUUGAGACCCAUUAAAACAAAGUUUAAUGAGAAACCUGUGUCUUCUUUUGAAAAGUCAGCCUUGAAUUGCUCAGGCAAAAGACAAAGUGCUCAUAACCUAUUUCUGGUGUUUUAUCCACUGAAAUUUGAUACGAUAGUUCAGUUAAACAGUUUUUUUCAGGACAAAUUGAGGGAUUUUUCACCUAAUUGGAGGGAUCAUCAUUUAAGUUGAUUUAAGUACUUAGUUAAAAAAAUGGGGUGGUUUAUUGGUGGCAACCUUAAUGGAAAAGCAAAGGGUAAUUUGUAAUGUUCAUAAGCUACCUUAGAAGGCCAAGUUCUGUUACAGAGGCCAUGUGUUGCAUAUAGAAUUUUAAUUUUGUGUAGUUAUGUCUAUAUCAAUAUUGAGUAAAUGAGUUUAUUGUAUCUAGGAAAAAUAAAAGAUACUGGAAGUUGAAUGUGUUUUCCUGUAACUUAAGAACUGGAACCCUACCAUAGAGGAAUUAAGCACCUAAAAGAGCAAGGUUGGGUAUUAAGGUUGGAGAUUAAAAGCCAAAGUUUGUAUUGUAUAGAAGAGGGGGAGGACCUAUUGGUAACUGACUAGUUUGAAAUGCUUUUCAAAAACUACCUGGAACAAGGUACUAUGGAGAAUGUUUCCCGUCAUGAGUGAUAAUGAAAAAUUAUCCAGACAAUUUGAAAUAGCUAGAAAUUGACACGAAGGGAUGAAUCUAACCUAGUCCUCUUAAUCUAGUGGAAUGAUUUGCUAAUUUAAGGUCCACACCUUAAAUCCUACGGUUGGCUGAUUAUAACUGGUACUAGAGCAAGGAAAUGGUCUCAACAGGUGGCUGGAUUUUUUUGGUUGGUGGCAUCCGUA